ACCAGACAACUUAAACACAGUAAUGUCCGAACGCAAAACUCUUUGUAGUAACUUUGACAAGUAACAGUGUGUCCGAAAAUAAUUAAUCAAAUUCGAAUCUUCUUCGCUAAUGGAAACUCAGAUCCUCUCUUAAAAACACCUCAAUUAGAUCGCAAAUAAACAGAGAGAAUCUCUCUCUACGAAGAAGAAGAAGAAGAUUGGAGAAGAUGAUCGAGAGGUGUUUAGGACCUCACCGGUGCCGGAGAAUCCAAAGAGCUUUACGCCACUUAAAGGUGACGGUUCUCUGCCUCGUUCUCACCGUAGUCGUCCUACGCGGCACGAUCGGCGCCGGUAAAUUCGGUACACCCGAGCAAGAUCUCGACGAGAUACGUCAGCAUUUCCAAACAUCUCGUAAACGAGCCGAGCCUCACCGUGUGCUCGAAGAAAUACAAACCGGAGUAGCAGGCGGAGUAGGCGGAGGAGGAGGAGGAGGAGGAGGAGGAGAGGCUUCUUCCUCCUCCGGCGACGGUGGUGGUGGCGGGAGCAAUAACUACGAGACGUUUGACAUCAACAAGAUAUUCGUUGACGAAGGAGAAGAGGACAAACCCGACCCGAAUAAACCGUACACUCUCGGACCCAAAAUAUCCGACUGGGACGAGCAAAGAUCCGAGUGGUUAGCUAAGAACCCUAGCUUCCCUAACUUCAUCGGACCAAACAAGCCACGUGUCUUAUUAGUGACAGGUUCUGCCCCCAAACCGUGUGAGAAUCCUGUCGGAGACCAUUACCUCUUGAAGUCGAUCAAGAACAAGAUCGAUUACUGUAGGCUCCACGGGAUCGAGAUCUUCUACAACAUGGCUUUGCUCGACGCCGAGAUGGCUGGUUUUUGGGCGAAGCUGCCGUUGAUUAGGAAGCUUUUGCUGUCUCACCCUGAGGUUGAGUUUCUGUGGUGGAUGGAUAGUGAUGCUAUGUUUACGGACAUGGCGUUUGAGCUUCCGUGGGAAAGGUAUAGAGAUUAUAACCUGGUGAUGCAUGGGUGGAAUGAGAUGGUUUAUGAUGAUAAGAAUUGGAUUGGGUUGAAUACUGGGAGUUUCUUGCUUAGGAAUAAUCAGUGGGCGCUUGAUUUGCUUGAUACUCGGGCUCCUAUGGGUCCUAAAGGGAAGAUCCGUGAGGAAGCGGGUAAGGUUUUGACCCGUGAGCUUAAGGAUAGACCGGUUUUCGAAGCUGAUGAUCAGUCUGCAAUGGUUUAUUUGUUGGCUACUCAGCGAGACACUUGGGGGAACAAGGUAUACCUAGAAAGUGGCUACUAUCUUCACGGUUACUGGGGGAUUCUCGUGGACCGAUACGAGGAAAUGAUAGAGAACUACCACCCGGGUCUAGGCGACCACAGGUGGCCAUUGGUGACUCACUUUGUGGGUUGCAAACCCUGUGGGAAAUUUGGGGACUACCCUGUUGAACGGUGUCUUAAACAAAUGGACAGAGCUUUUAACUUUGGUGACAACCAGAUUCUGCAAAUAUAUGGUUUCACUCACAAAUCUUUGGCUAGUCGCAAAGUCAAGAGAGUGAGGAACGAGACGAGCAAUCCGCUGGAGAUGAAAGAUGAGCUUGGGUUGCUUCACCCGGCGUUUAAGGCUGUUAAGGUACAACAAAACAACCAAGUUUGAUUCGGAUCUCCGGCGUUUAGGAUUUUGUGGUCUGUUUCUUGCUAUUUUUAUGUCAUUGCUUGUUGUUGUAAAGAUGAGUUAAAACAAAAGUAUUGUGCAGAGACAUCAGUUUAUAUAUAUACUAGUGUCGGCCUGCCCUACGGGCGGGAUAUUCUUUACUUGUAAUAUAUGUUAUUAUUAUUUUGUAUGA